GGAACCGCGCAGCAGGGCGGAAGUGGCUUUGCUAGGGAAGCGCGGGGUUUGGAUAUGGCGGGAAAUGGUGUCGGACGGGGGUCGCCCGCUGGGACGGCGGGGCCCCAGAGCUCUGGGCGACCUCAGGCGCGACGGCGGCGGCAGCAAGAGCUGCGGGGAAAGCAGAGCUCGGCCCCACGGCCAGGGAAGCGCAGCAAAGACAAGAAGAAAGUGAAUUGCAAGCCCAAGAACCAGGACGAACAGGAAAUCCCUUUCCGGCUCCGGGAGAUUAUGAGGAGCCGCCAGGAGAUAAAAAACCCUGUCAGUAACAAGAAGAGGAAGAAAGAGGCCCAGCUGGCCUUCAGAUGCACACUGGAGAAGGAAGCUAAGGGAAUAGAGCCAGAUAUUGCCAUCCCUAAGUUCAAGCAGAGGAAGUGGGAAUCUGACAGGGCCUACGUCCAGCGCAUGGAGCAAGAAGCCCAGCAUGUGCUGUUCCUCAGCAAGAACCAGGCCAGCCGGCAGCCAGAGGCACAGGUAGCUCCCAAGAAGGAGAAGUCUGAACGGAAGAAAGCGUUCCAGAAGCGGCGUUUGGAUAAGAUCCGGCAGAGAAAAGAGGAAAAGGCAGCAGAAAGGCUAGAGCAGGAGCUACUCCAAGACAGGGUGAAGUUUGGUGAAGUUGCCCUACAGCCUCCAGAGCUGACUGCCAAGCCCAGGAGGAGCAUAGGCAGUGACCAGCCUGGCAAGAGAUUCCUCAUGCUGAGGAUGCUCGUGAGCCCUGUUGAUACACCCCAGCCUCCAACAACCUCCCUGGCCCGACAGCGGAUUAUGGAGGUGGAGAGAGAGCGGGUCGUGCAGGCCUACCGAGAACUGAAGAAGCAGAAAUUGCAGCAGCAGGGGGUGCAGCCACCAAGGCCUCCCCAUCUGCCCUCUGAGAGGAAGCCAGAGACACAUCUUUCAGGGAGAGAGACCUAGGAGCUGGGCCCACACUCUGGGGAAUGGUGCUGGGGCUAUCUCACCUGGGCAGGAAAGGACAGGCACAUCCUUUUCCUUGGAUGUGUUCUUAAUGCCAGUGGAGGGUCUAUAGUCUUAUCUCUCUUGUGUUUUCCUGUUAGGACUGCUCUUCCCAAGUGACCAUCACUGGCUCAUGUUCCACAUGGGGAGAGUGGUGCCCGUGGACUGGGGCCAGAGUGUGGCUGUGAUACAGCCAGUGGCUCAUUGCUCUCUAAGCCUGGCUUCACUCACAGCUUUUUUUUUGAGACAAAAGUCUUAACCUGUUG